CAUGCUGGGAACUUCCGGGGGCGGUCAGGGGGCGGCUGGCGCCGGGCCGGGGCAGCCGCAGGAUGCAGCGGUGGCCAGUGCUGCUUUUCCUGGCGUGGGUUUGCUUUCUCUUCUGUGCCGGUAUUGGGCUCUUCAUGAGUGGCUUCCUGCUUACCCGAAUUGAGCUUGCCAGCAGCAGUUCCUGCUCAGACCCACUUGUGCCACCACCCUGGGAGAGGCAGAACCUCCCACCAGGCUCCUGCUGGGCGCCCCAGCGCUUUUCCAAAGCUGUGCUUGUCAUUGUCGAUGCUCUCCGUUUCGAGUUUGCCCACUUUAACCCAGACAAGGCAAGCCCCCUGCCCUAUGAGAACAAGCUGAGUUUCCUGCACCACCUCACAACCUCCCAGCCCCGCCAUGCCCGCCUCUACCGCUUCCGAGCUGACGCUCCCACCGCCACCAUGCAGCGCAUCAAGGGCCUCACCACGGGCUCGCUGCCCACCUUCAUUGACGUGGGCAGCAACUUUGCCACCUACGCGAUCGAGGAGGACAACCUGCUGGCACAGCUGGUGCAGAACGGAAGGAGAGUGGUCUUCAUGGGUGAUGACACUUGGGAAGGACUCUUCCCCAAGAAGUUUUUCCGCUCUUACUUCUUCCCUUCUUUUAACGUGAAGGAUCUUCACACCGUGGACGAUGGGAUCCUGCAGCAUCUCUAUCCAACUGUGGACAGUGGUGAAUGGGACGUACUGAUUGCUCACUUCCUCGGUGUGGACCACUGUGGGCACAAACAUGGACCUGACCACCCUGAAAUGGCUAAGAAGCUCACCCAGAUGAAUGAGAUGCUCAGGUCCUUGGUGAAUCACCUGGGGAAUGACACCCUUCUUCUGGUGGCUGGCGACCAUGGCAUGACAGAGACUGGAGACCAUGGUGGUGACAGUGAGAAGGAAGUGAAUGCAGCGCUGUUUGUGUAUAGCAAAACACCCCUCUUUAGCACUGUCCCUCCAGAGGAGCCUGAGACUGUUCCACAGGUGAACCUGGUGCCCACUGUGGCCCUGCUGCUGGGUGUGCCCAUCCCCUACAGUAGCAUUGGAGAGGUGAUGGCUGAGCUAUUCUCCGGGGACAGUGACGCUGUGUCUGCAGCCUUGCAGCAGCUCUCGGUCUACCACAUCAAUGCCAAGCAGGUGGAUCGCUUCUUGCACUCCUACUCGCUUGUGGCUCAGGACCUGCCAGCAGAGCAGCUCCAGCACCUGCAGGAGCUUUUCUCCAGUGCUGUGGAGGAGCACAUCCAGCUCUUGGCCCAGGUGCAGGGGUCAGUGCUGGUGUCUCCAGAGCUGGAGUCCAGGCUGGGAAGCCUCAUUAGUCGCUUCCAGCUGUACCUGCGGGAGGCACGGGCUGUGUGCACCCAGUCCUGGGCCCGCUUCCAUCCCUUGCGUAUGGUGGGGGGCUGCGCUCUUAUCGCCGCUUCCUGCUUGCUCUGCUACCUGGCCUCAGAGCUCACCGUGGUGUCAGACUCCUUCUAUCGCAGCUGCCUCCUGUACCCGCUGCGCUGGGGCCUUGUAGUGGCUGUUCUGUUUGGGCUGGCCCAUGCACUCACCCAGGAGGGGAUGGAUCUCCUCCUGGUGUCAUCAUGUGCAGCUGCUGCUUCUCAGAUGGCUUUUUUCUGGCACUGGUGGGGCCAGCAUCCCAGGCAAGCCCGUUUGGCAGGCAGUCAGCCACCCCUAGCCAGCACUGGCCUGAGGCAGAGGCUGCAAGCAUGGCUGGGGCUGGCGUUCCCUAUGGGCAUUCUGCUCUUCCGCUGUGGAGCCAUGUUUUCCGAUAGCUUUGUGGUGGCCGAAGCCCGAGUGGCCCCAUUCCUCCUGGCCUCACUUGUGAUGCUGCUAAUAGGGAAGCUCCACUGGGACGGUCGCCUGACUCUGCCGGAAGGCCCCAGGCAGCAGUUCCUUGCCUUCUCGUCUUACCGCAGAGAGAUCUGGUACCUGUUGUGCCUCGUGGCCAUGCUCUUGGUUUGCGUGCGCCUCUCCAGUUUCUUCCACCAGUGCCGUGAAGAAAUCCCACAGUGUCGGCCCUCUCUGUUCCUCUCCCCUCUUGCCAGCCUGAGAAACACACGGGCCAAGAAUCUGUUCUACCUCCUGUGCGUGGCCUUGCUGGCUGGGCUGGUCUAUGCGGUGCGGAGCUGGCUGCGACACUACGGCAACCUGAACAGCUCAGGCCCCCUUGUGCUCUUUGUGCGCUGGGGUUUCCCACUGGUGGUCCUCUGCAUUGCCUGCUACUGGGCUGUUGCCUCCAGUACUGAUGACUCUCUUGGCAAGCUGCAGGAGCUGGUGCAGGUGGCGGUUGUGGCCUUUCCAUGGGCUGUCUACGGACUGGCAUCUCUAGGCCUGCUGCUCCUGCUGUGCAAUCCCAUGACGGUGUUUGCGAAGGACACGCGGGAGUCGGCAGGAUCCAUCGUCACUCCCUACCUAGGGGUUCCCAACGCUGAAGUCGACUUCCUUCACGUCAUCCCUCAGAUAUACAAGAGGAUGCAGGAGUCUCAGAAGUGCCGUCUGGAGCGGGGCAGCUGCAAGGCCACUGUUGCUGCAUAUGGGCUGGGCAGUGUGUACUCAGCGGCCCUGGUCAUAACACUCACCUUACUGGGCUUCCUCUUGAUGCUUCUGCACAGUGAACGGCUCAGUCUCGCCUUCCUGCUCCUCUUCCUGGAGGCCUUUGUGCUGCUGCACAUCCACACGCAUGCCAGAGGACUCGCUGGAGAUGCUGAGCCUUUUUCGGUGCCCUGGUAUGCAGUCAUCUCCUGGCUUCUUGCUGCUUCCCAGUUCUUCUAUUCCACAGGCCACCAGCCCAUCUUCCCAGCCAUCCACUGGAAUGCAGCCUUUGUGGGCUUUCACCUUGACCACAGCACGAAUGUCCUGCCUGCUGUCUUGGUGGGCGCCAACACCUUUGCGUCCCAUAUCCUCUUUGCAGUCGGCUGCCCCCUGCUCCUGCUUUGGCCCUUUGUGUGUGAGAUGCCCAGCUCGCAGAGGAAGAAGCCCAAGAAGGAGCCCCGGCAGGACCUGCAGGAGGUGGAGGAGCAUAUGAUGGAGAUGAGGCUGCGAGAGUCCCCAGAGAAGUUCUCUGCUGCUCUUCUGCAGCUGGGACUGAAGUACCUCUUUGUCCUUGGGACACAGCUUCUGGCCUGUGUUUGUGCAGCUAUGAUCCUCAGGAGGCACCUCAUGGUCUGGAAGGUCUUUGCCCCAAAGUUCCUCUUCGAGUCACUGGGCUUUGUGGUGAGCAGUGUCUGCCUGCUGCUGGGGAUCUCCCUGGUGAUGCGUGUAGACUGUGCUGUCAGCACCUGGUUCAGCCAGCUUCAACUCAGGUAGCACUGGAGACGUGGGGAUCCUGACCUGCUAGUCAGCCAAGGCUAUGAUUGCCUCCUUGCCUCUGCUGGGCUUGGAGGGAUACACGAGCCACCAGCAACAAGUGCCUGCUGACAGCAGCCAGAGAUUAUCCCCAGCUCCCUGCCUCAGCACUGCACAAAAGGACCGGAGCCAACUGUUCCCCACUCACUGCGAUACUGUUUCUCAGUUAUGAAGGUCACAGCUUUUGUUGGGUGUUUAUUGGUAGCAGGAGGACUCUACUGCAGGAGCCAAAGAAGCAAGAGUUCUGAAGUACUCUUUUGGAGACACAUCAGCCUGGGGUCCUGCUGCUACUUUCCUGACAAUUGUCCCCACUGUGCAGCUGGUCAGCUUCGGUGGCCAGCAAGUCACCACCGUGUGUGUGCAGAGACAGUGACUCACAGAAAGGGGCCUGCUGAGGAGGAGAGAGGAGGUUGGGAGGAGAGGGAAGGUCCUGCAGUCACCAUUUCUCUUUGUGCAUUCAUUUUUCAUGCUGGAAUCAAAGUGCCCAUGCUUACACGUGCAGAUGGUUCCUGGAGUGUUACCAGCAGCUGCUCCUCUGUAAAGUCAGGUGGUUGCGCUGUAGCAAGGCCACUCCUGCCCUAUACUCACUCCCAUUUUCCUGAUCUUUCUCAGCCUUAUGAAAGGCAAUGGGGAGCACUCUGGGCUCCCUUGUACAGUCUGAAGUAGGCUUAGCUUGCUGAGGUGUGUGGUAGCUGGGAGAACUGCUGUUCGUGACCAAGAAACUCUCCUCUUGUGGUCUUUGGCCCGUCAGUGUCCCCUUGGACACGUCACAAGCUGCUGGCCUGCAGCAGCCAACGCUGCUGAUCUCUUCUUGAGUAUGUGCUGCUGGAUGCUGGCCUUGGUGUGAGCUCCAGUGUCUGGGAACAGCUUCUUCAAAGCCUUGAGCAAGUGACAACUCUUCUGGAGGUGGCUUACCUCACUGGUGUCUGUGUAUGUCCCAGGGGUUAUAAUGUUUUGAAGGGACCGCAGGCACUGCAGCCAGUGGCAUCUGUAAUCCCAUAUUUGGUGCUUAUCUCCCACCUGACCUUGGUGUUUGGUGUGGGACUUCACACCACAAAUGAGCUCAGCCCAAACCCUUCUGUUGGCUGCUUGCAGGCAGGAGACAUACUUCUUUCUGCAGAGGUAGAGGACAGUAACCAUGGUGCCUGGCCACAUGUCACCCAACUUAACCCUGCAAUUUUGAUGGGAACUGCACUUCAUUACUGCCCUGAACCACUCACUGUGUGACAUUACUUGGUGCUAUGAAACCUUUUGUCUUUCCCACCCCUGGAAUGAGCAGAGGAAUGCUUGCCUGGGAUUCCUGCAUUGAUUUUGUUCUGAUCUGAUUUGUUUUUUAACUUAGGCAUCAUGACUCACUCCGAGCUCCUCACUGCAGACUGCUAGCAUCAACUGCUUUGGCAGGGGGGUUGGACCCAAUGAUCUCUGGAGAUCCCUUCCAGCCUCUAAUGUUCUGUGAUUCCUCUCUUCUGCCUUGGAGAGUGUCAGGGAUGUGGUCUCAUCACUUUUCACCAUUCCAUAUCUUGCCA